CAAACAAAAGUCGGGAGAAUGUUAAUUACAGAUCUUAUACCAUUAUCUAACACGGUGACACCAACGAAAGCUAACUCAUGAGCUAAGUUUACAUAGACUCACCAUAUAUUGUACUUUAAUCAAGGGUUAAUGUUGGAGGUCAUGAAAAUUCGAACACACAACCACUUGGCCAAACUUACUCUGAUAUCAUAUCAUAAACCAGUUGAUCUCACUAACUCGAAUUAUUAAAAAAAAUUAAUUAUAAAUAUUAUAUCACUAUCUAACACACUAAUUUGUCAAAAUUUUGUUUCUUCAUUGGGUGGACGUGGGUGAUUAUGUUCAGCGCUGCAGGACUCUUUCAUCUUACUAGCUACUAGCAUUAACCUUUAAAAAUGAAAAUUACACGAAAAUUCAAAUGGGUUCUCAAGCUUUUGGACUGUAAAUUUUUAAAAAAAAAAUGCGCCAAUGAGGAGAUAGCGUGUGGACGGAUAGCAGGGGCGGGCUACUCCCUAGGUUGCCGCUAAGUAUUACCCUAAGUGAAAACCAGCUGCCUCCCCAGCUUAACCCGUUACCAUCCUAGAAAUGAUUAAUUAGUGUUGUAUUGCUGCUCACAUUUGGCACAAAUUCAAUUACUUUGUGUGUGUUCUCCCUGUGUUUGUUGGGUACUCAGUUGAAUUAUGAUGAGAUUGUAUGGUAUAUUAGCAUUAUGACGUCCUUGCAUGAUCGAACGGAUUGUGAAAUGCGCAAUCCAACGGUCAAAUAACACCUUAGGAAUUGCAUUCAUUAAUAUUGUAAGUCAUGAAUUUUUCAUGAUAUUCAUUGGUGAAGGUCUCUUGUGAAAAGGGGGAAUAACACACACACAUGUACAUUAGUGCUCAGAUUGUGAAUGUCUGGUACAAGAUCUGUAAAAGUACCAAACCUAAAGCGUGGUCCUCUUGGAAGGCUGUUUAAUUUCCUUAGAGUUCGGGUCACAGGCUCCAUAGAGAAGAAUAAACUAGUACAAUGGAAGUGCCUCAAAGUAUCAUCGAGGUGUGUUUAUUAUACUGCCUAAUUAGAUUCCUACAGGCAAUUAAUUUGAUUCCGUCAACUGGAGAAGUAACUUAUCUCAUUUUUAUUAAAAAGAAAAAUAGUAGCAUUCAUUGAACUUCCAAUAAUUUAUUUGUUUUAUGUUAUUAUAUUUAACUAUCGAUGGGGUUGAAUUUGAUACUCGUGUAGUCAAGUAGUAUUUAAAAAACUAUAAAACAGAAGUCGCUGAGGUUCAAAGAAACAAGAGAGAACUGAAGUAAGAGAAGUAUACUCUAAUUCACAAGAUAGGGAAAACGGUUAGUCGUCUUUGCCUUUUUGAUGAUCUAGCUAGUUUCGUUUCGUUGAAUGUAACUGAGUUUGGCUCAGUUUCAGACACUGGCCUAAAGCACCCCACGACUUGUCUUCUUCAAACAAGAAAUUCCUUUGUACUUCCAGCCUUCAAGUGACCCUGCAAAAAAUAGCACUACUAAUAAACGAAAAACAAUACCGGAGAUCGUACCGGGAAAGUCAGCGGUAGGGUAUUUUAUGGUAUAAUCGUGGUUUAACCGUUAUACCGGUAAAUACCGCCUAUCGGUUUAGCCUCCAAUACUGGUAUUUUGUGGUUUAACCGCCGGUACGGUACGGUUUCAUGGACACCGGAUAACACAUGAUUAUUUGAUUACCGAUUACCCUUCUUGUUUUGUAACGUUGGAUACCGAUUAAUUAGGUUGAAUGUAUGGAAGACAUUUCAAUCGGUGCAAUGGGUCGGUCAAAUUUCAGCAAACCUCUCGUCUUAAGAAAUUGAAGUUAAUCUCUUGUCUUAACUUAGCAAAACUAUACAAGAAUUUAAUUGUUCUAAAGUAAACAAUUAGUUACGCUAAACAUGAAACAAAUACAACAAAUACCACAUCGCCUUAGGCGGAGCCAACCACGUCCUUUGCCCUUGUCCCAGGAUAGGGGUAAAAUUUGAAGCUCGGAAAAAAAUACCACUCUUACACGUAACAUAAGAAUAUUUUGCCACUAUAUCACAACUCAUUAUUUGUUUAUGAAUUGACAAAAAAGACUAAUUGAUUUAUUGGUUCCAUACAUGACAUUAUUAUUCGACAACUAUUUGUUCAUGAUGAAUUAUCCCGAGUAAUGGUAGAGACAUAAGUGUAUGUUAUUUCCUUAAGUUGAUUUGCUUCUAAAGGUAGUUUUUAUUCUACCAGUUGCAACUAUAAGUUUAGGAAAAAAAAAACAUUUUUUUAGCUUGAGCUAUAUUAAAAACAAGCUUCGAAGUCGAAUUGGCAAUCGAUUUGCUAAUGAUUGUUUAGUGGGAUACAUUGAAAGAGACUUUCUUUAGAGUGUAGACGAUGGAUAUAUUUUGCAUUUAUUUUCGAAUAUGAAAACUCAUUGUGAUAGAUUAUGCAAAUAAUAAUUGUAUAGUCAGUUAUUUCUUUAUUUAUGAAUGGAUUAUCUAAAUAUUAUUAAUUAUCAAUUAUUAAUUAUUUAUAUGUUCAUAUUAUGAAAAGAGGACAGAGGUAGUUUCAAAUCCUGCCUCCGCCAUGCCCUUUUUAACAAUAUAAUUGUUGCAUUUUUUUUGCAUGAAAACGAUGGAUUGGAUCCUUCCGAAUAUAUUACAAAACAUUGUCCUUAUAUAAUUGUGCAUUAGUUAAUGAAUCUUAUUAAAACGUGAAGAAUUAAGAAUAUAAUGAUUCCAAGGCGACUCGUAAUUUGUGGAUAAGAUAGUCUGUUGUAAAUUUAUCAUUUCAAUUGAUAUAGUUACACAUUUCACACAAAAGAGAUUAUCGAAACCACUAAGUAUGAAUGAUCAACAUGUUGAACCAACUGAAGUCUGAAACAUCUCAUCGUCGAGUUUAUAUGUAGAACUAUAUAAAUGUCUGUGUAAACCUUACUUCCUGAACAAACUCUAGACCAAAUGAAAUUCUCAUAAAUUUAGCUUUCAUGAUGAUUCAACUUUUAAGAUUAGCCUUAAAAAGAUUAAUUGUAAAAUAUCUUUCAUUAUAAUAUAUCACUUACCACUAAUCAAACUCAAAAUGAUAAACAAAAUUAUCAAUGUCAGCCCAAAAAAUAUAAAACAAAGUCAUCAAGACCAACGACGACUGGUCCUCAUAAUGGAUCUUUACUAAAUACUAGGCAUCCUUUGUUUGAAAAUGCUUGUAAUAAUCAAAUAAUAAACCAAAAAUUAAAUCAUAUAAUUAAUCGUUUGAUUCCCUUGGGACCUUCUCCUUCAAGCCAUCAACCCAGAGCGAGUCACCGAGUCAAAUAUAUUCGCCUGAAGCCGUUUCUUUUUUCGUCUCUAAAACAAGUAGCUUUCCAGCAGCAUAGCAACGUCUUCUUUCCUUCCCUUCCUCGCCAAUUUCACACGAUACUCUCGCAGACUGUUUAUUAUAUAGUCAGAGAAGGAAAGGUCCGCAUUUCUCAGAAACUCUCACCCGCUACCGCCAUUUCCCCUCUGCCGCCGCCGCCCCCCCCCCCCCCCCAAAACCUUCACCAAUUGCCAAAUUCUUCAACUUUAUGUCGCCGUGAGAAAUGGGGAACUUGUGCACUUGCUUCGCCCCCAAGCCGGCGGUGAAAAGGGGACGAUCGGUUAAGCGUCUCCCGGCCAAUUCUUCAUCCCAAACCGCUUCCAACCGGUGGACGAGGGUCCGAUCCGCUAGAAAAGACAGCAAUGAUUCCUUAAUUCAGGAGCAGGCUCUGGCGGCAGCUCUUAUGUUCAGGCAGCAGAACGGUGCCGGGGCAACGACGACGACGGCGGCGUUUGACCGUUCUGUUUCGCACAGGUACCCGAAUGGUAAUGCCGGGUCGAAGAAGAACCCGUUGCCCCGAAGCGCCAGCUCGAGAGCUCGGUCACUUACGGACCCUUUGUUGCAGCCGCACCAAUUGGUUAACCAGGAUAUUAAGCUUGAUGAUCUUGAGACAAAACAUUUUGUCCUUGUACAUGGCGGGGGUUUUGGUGCUUGGUGUUGGUACAAAACCAUAGCUCUUCUGGAAGAGAGUGGUUUCACAGUUACAGCUGUAGACUUGACUGGUUCUGGGGUUCAUUCUUUUGAUACUAAUGGCAUCGCCAGUCUCUCUCAGUAUGUGAAGCCACUUACUGAUUUUCUUGAAAAGCUUGCUGAUGAGGAGAAGGUGAUCUUGGUAGGGCACGAUUUUGGCGGUGCUUGCAUCUCGUAUGCAAUGGAGUUGUUUCCACACAAAAUUUCAAAGGCUAUUUUCCUAGCUGCAGCUAUGUUAGUUGAUGGACAAAGUAUGCUUGACAACAUCUCCAAGCAGUCAGGUGGAAAUGAUCUGAUGCAAAAAGCACAGAUAUUUGUAUAUGCAAAUGGGAAUGAUCAUCCUCCUUCUGCCAUUGAUCUUGACAAGUCGUUGCUUCGGGACUUGUUAUUCAACCAAAGUCCUGCCAAGGACAUAGCAUUAGCCUCCGUGUCAAUGAGGCUGAUCCCAUUUGCUCCAGUUCUGGAGAAACUCCGUCUCUCCGAUGCUAAGCAUGGAACUGUGCGACGAUUCUAUAUUGAAGCUCCAGAAGACAAUGCCAUACCUAUCACCUUACAACAAACCAUGAUCAGCUCGAGUCCGCUGGAGAAGGUGUUCCGGUUGAAAGGUGCGGAUCAUUCACCUUUCUUCUCAAAGCCUCAAGCUUUGCACAAGAUAUUGGUAGAGAUUUCGAAGAUGAAUAAAGCUUGAAAGAAAUUAGAGAAAAGUGGUGUCCAUGGGCAUCGUUACUCAUGUGCAUAUCAUUAUGUAUAGUUGUUGAUGGUGCCCCCAUGUUUCUUCUCCCACCCAUACGCCUCCCUUUCUAUUCUUUUUUCCCCUCUCCAGUUCCUUUGGUUGUUUUCUUCAUUUGUUAUUGUUCACGGGACUUUGCAGUUACAAAAGGGUUUCCCUUCUUACUAUGCCCAAGGGGAUGAUUUUGUUCAUGCAAAGCCCUUAUAAUAGUUUGGGGGGAUAAAAGGAGAAUAGUUUAUAGGUAAAGACAUGAACAUUAUUCAAAGUGUAUGGGAUAGAUUACCUGGAUAUCUUUUUUCCUACCGUCCUAUGCGAUUAUUUCGGUUAAAACCAUCAUAACCGAAUUAGUUGUUGAACAUGGACUAUAUCAGUUGGAUAUCUCCAAUACAACCUUUGCUUGGCGACCUAACUGAGGAAUUUUAAACACAAGUUACACAAGAUUUCCAUAUCGAAGCCAAUACAUAUGACUUAGCUUGCAUGUUAAGAAAGUCCCUUUACAUGCUUAAGUAGACUAGUCUCUACUGGAUAGUGGUUUGCUAAGUUAGCUAGCUCAAUCCUAUUGAAUGCCUUCUCAAACUCCACCUCUGAUUACACAAAUGUUUAUCGCAUGGGUACGAUGUAGGAUAGUAAUCUUAUUAGUUUAUGCGGAUAACAUCAUAUUGGCUAGGUCAGAUUAUGGAUUUGGAAGUAGUGAAAUUUACUUGAAGUGAGAUUUCAGGAUGGUCUUGGCAAGACCCUUGGGUGCAUUGCAAUGUUUCCUAGGAUCACAAGUAUCUAGAAACGAUAGUGGGAUUUGAGUGACUCAAAAGAAAUGUUGUGUCAAAUUGUUGAAUGACACUAGAUAUAUAGAAGUAAAGAGUUGCAACAAAGUCAUAAUAAUAACAAUGUAUUAGCCUCUGGCGAACAAAGACUUGGCCUAAUG